GUGAGACAGCUCCUGACGGGCUCCGGCCUGUGCCCCGCCGUACCCGAGACUCUGGAAAAGGGUCACAAGCGCCAUUUGGGGGCCGGAGCGAACCUCACGCAGUGGGAGACAGCUGGCCCAGCGACGAUGAUGGGGAAGGAUCCCACGUCCCCCCCUGGCUCCGCGCUGCCCGGCUUCCUCACGCUCUGCCUCCUGCUGUGGGCUCCCAGGCUGGCCCCAGCACAGUUCACAGUGACGGGACCUGAGCACCCCGUCGCUGCCUCCCUGGGUGGGGAGGCCGUCCUGUCCUGCCACCUCUCCCCCCGGAUGAGUGCCGAGAGCAUGGAGGUGAGGUGGUUCCGAUCCCGGUUCUCUGAAGCCGUGCAUGUGUACCGCGACGGGCAGGACCAGAUCGGAGAGCAGAUGCCGGAGUACCAAGGGAGAACGGAGCUCUUGAAAGACAACAUCACCGACGGGAAAGUUUCCCUGAGAAUACGCGAUGUCCGGCCCUCCGACGAUGGGCAGUACAAGUGUUUGUUCCAGUCCAAGGUCUAUUAUAAGGAAGCUUUAUUGGAACUGGAGGUGGCAGGGCUGGGCUCUGUUCCUGACAUCGCGGUGGAGGGACAUCAGGACGGAGGGGUCCGGCUGGUGUGUCGAUCGUCUGGAUGGUUCCCCAAGCCCCAGGCUGAGUGGAGAGAUCAGCAGGGGCAGCACCUGCCAUCAGCCUCGGAAAGCAGCUCCCAGGAGGCGGGGGGCCUGUUUGGGACAGAGAUUGCCAUCGUUCUAACGGAACGGUCCAGCCGGAAAGUGUCCUGCCGGGUCCGGAACCCCCUGCUAGUCGCAACCAGGAGAGAGAGUCGGCGGUUUCCAUAG